AUGACGGCCCACCACCACCUCCAGGUGAUGAAUGGGAACGCGUACUACGUCGUUCAACGCGUCCGAUGGCGCGAGAUCCCGCGGCCGAUGGUACUCCCACUGAACGAAUAUCUUGACCCGGUCGAUCAGCGCUUUAUCAAAGAUUGGGAUGAAACGAUGACGAUGCGAAUGAUCAAGGCCGCGACAAUGUUAAACUACGCGAUGCUUUUGGAAUUGGCCUCCGCGAAGCUGGCGUCGUACUUAUGUUAUAAAAACAUCUUUGGCAUCCGAACCCUCCUCCAUGCGGAAAACGACUUCACACCGAACGAAAUGGCGGAAAUACGAAAAGAGUUGAUGGAGGAUGACGUGGUGAACUAA